CCGCCACCACCGCCGCCGCCGCCGCCACCAAUAUGAACAGUGCCAUAACAGAUCGACUUGAUGAACGGAAAGAAAAGACAGAUCUCGAUUUGGGCAACUCGAAAGACGAACCACCAACUGCUAUGGCCAGGUUGUGUCCGAACUCUAUUCCACUCAAGCCAGAUGACGUACUGUUAUGAUCCUAUACAUAUGAAGAUGGCACGUUACACCUCCUGAGACGACAAUGACCGCAUCAGCAUCACAUCUACAGUCGCCUGGAAAAGCUCAAAACGGGCCCUCAGAGGCAGAGAUACGACAAGAGUCAUCCAAAGCUGCCCAGAAGGCCAUUGAAGCGCAACAGAAGGCCAACGAGCUGAAGCAGGCUGCUCAUGGCGCUGCAGACCCCGAGGAACGUCAAGAGCUCAUGGAGCGAGCGAUCGACAAGCAGGUCGAAGCAGAAUCGUUUGGGAAGACGGCGAAGUACAUGCGAAGAGGUGCAUUCCAAGGCAUGGCAGUUGGCGCAGGUCUGGGUUCGGCGCCAGGCUUGACGCUCGGAGUCUUGACAGGAACGCUUGUGGGCGGUGUCACCUCGACGAUCACGGGUGGUCUCGGCGCUGGGAUAGGAGCGCUGGUAGGCUGGAUUCAUGGGCCGUUCUGGAACAUAGGCGAAGUAAUCGGAGGCAAAGUCAAGGAUGUCACGGGCUCCAUACCAGGCAAGAAGGCCACAGAAGAGCAGAAGCAGACUCUAGAGAAGAUGAUUGGACAAAUACACGAAGAAGACAUGCCGAGCACGGAAGAUCUGAGAGGUAUGGCGAAUGAUGCUUGGUCAGGAGCCAAAGAGCGAGGAACGACGUGGAGUAGAUCUGCAGCUACAUAUAUGCCUGGUAGCAGAGCCAAUGCCACUGGCAAAGUCAGGCAUCGACGCCACCUUCGAAGCAGGCAGGACAGCGGCUAAAUGUGCAGACGCGGAGCACAAACAAACGCGCGCCACCUAGCUCCUCUGCUGUUCCUCAGACCCAGCCAAUACCUCGCAAACAGCCCAGGAAGCUUGAGGUCAGGUCAAGCCAGGCAGAUCGAUCCCGAUCUACUUCUAGGCCAGGAUCGAAGAGGCCAAGGAAGCUCGAAGUGAGAUCUUGAAUACUGAGCGCAAGUUUGCAUGUAUGGCCCUGCUGCCUCGGCCUGGCAUUUAUUGUGUCGACAACAGUGGACCAGUUACGGUUCUGAAACCCCGUGUCCCAUGGGCGUGAAUGGCGUAUGCAAAAGAUAUUCCACAAGGAGUGAGCUGUAUUGCCGGCCUCUCAGACGCCGCCGCUGACAGCCUGGGCCGUAGUGCCAACAUCGAACGACGAUAGCGCUGCAGUUACCUGGGCACGCUCCGACUGAAUAUUCUUGUCCACGAGGUAGUCCUCAACAUCCUCGCUGAGCUCAAUUUUUGAGAGGAGACCUCCUUUCUCCGCUUCUCGAGCCUCCUGCAGCAUGUCGUCUUCAUCCAGCUCUCGUGUAGCUAUCGAUACGGAAGUGGAGUGUUCGGUGCUUGAAGUGGUGAUUGGUACUGUGUGCACAACAGUUGCGCCAGUAGCUCCUCGAGUAUGGGAUGCAGUCUGACCCAGGGCAUGCUCUUCGUCACUCUCGUUGUCAUAUUCUGGAGUCACUAAUUCCUCAUCGUCGGAGACUUCGGAGGAGCUGGAGUGCUCCGUCUCCCAUUCGCUCUCAUUGCCAAAGUCGACAUUGGUCCACCGCACAGUGGAUUCUUUUGCGGCUUCAGCAACAUCUUCAGCCUGGUAUUCAGCUUGAGGCUGCUCUUCGACAGAAUCAAGAUCAAGCUGGUCCAUCAGAGUGUCCAAAAAGUUGGCAUGUCCUACAAGCUUGCGGAGAUCAUGUGAACCUCUUCUUGCCUCUCUUCCAAGCUUUGAGUGCGCUCGAGGUACAACAGGUAUGUACUUCAAAGUACGUUCCAAUGACGGUCGUGGCAUUUUUGCUUCGAACGAUUCGAAUGGCGUUGCAGUUGUAGGUACGAGCGAUUCAAAGCGUCUUCUCGAUUGAGGCGAUUCUGCAAAACCAG